UGGCAGGACCUGGCUGAGCUAGAAGACCGAGGGAAAACUGAGACGGUUGUGCCACGUAAGCGAAAGGAGUAGACUAUUUUAAGGAAGUUAGGUCUAGUUUUUCAAAAUCAAAAGCUCUUUUUCACAGCUUCCAAAUAUGACAGAUAGUGUCUUACUGUCAAGAGGCACUGACUGACUCGGUGCGCGUCGCGUGACCCAGUGCUGCUAAGGCACAAGCCGCAAGAGAUCCAAGAGAGGCAAUUUUGCAACGUGACUUUUGGUCCCUCAGGAGCAGAUCCUUUUAGGGGCCUGCUCCUAACGGUUGCCGAAGUCCUAGAGGUAAAUACAGGAAGGUCACUGGCAAUCAGAAUCACUUACCAGGAACCACUGCCGAAGGCAAGAACACCUACUUCGUGCAAGCCAGGGUCGUCCCGGAAGUGACGUCAACGCCCAGGCUCCAGCAGACGGACUACAAUUCCCAGAAUGCCCCACACCAACCAUCUCGGGGCGUACCACCACAGAAACUAUUCGCCGAUGAAGGGGAAACAAAAGUUUUCAGUGUAAAGUAGGAUUUUGCUGUAAAAGAAGAUCUAAGAACCUUUGUGAAGGUACCACCCCAAGAAGCAAUCAUGCCGAUAGAAGGCGGGAAAACGGAUAUGGAGAGGAUUGGCCUCUUCAGUGAGAUGGAAUACAUCACAGUGGGUGACAGAUAUGUGUCACCAUUUAAUCGACCCUUCAAUGAGGCUGCAAGCAAAAAUAGACAGAUGCUCCCUGGGGGGACCAAAGAAAUGUCCAAUCUCCAGGCAGGGUACUUUGAUCCCCAGUUCGCAAGGAUUUUUGAAGGGGAAGGCUACCUGAAUUUGAAUCAAGUGAGGAGACAGUAUAUGAUGGCAGAAGCCAAGAAGAACCUAGGCAAAGCCUUCAUCCCUAGUAGCGGAGAGAAAAAGCCAAGUGGAUUAGGAAGCUAUUAUGGAACCAUCGGCGGCCCUGUCCCAUUCUUUAGCGCUCAGAUAAAACCCAGGGACAAAUAUCAGCCACCGGGGAAGAAUUUAUACACCAACCCGGGAAAAAAAGGAACUGGAUACGGUUAUGCCAAUGUUACCAUAGGCAGGCAGCUUUCACACUCUUCUGACUUGUACGAUGCAGCGAAAGAGAAUUUUAAGAAAGAAAGUGAAGAACACCAUCGGUUAAUGAAAGGGUCACCUUUCAAGCUGCAUCUUCACCCAAAGGACUAUUUUGAUACUAACCCUUAUUUUUUAGAGCAUCCUUUACCUCCACUGAGGAGAGAGGAAAAGAAGGAAUCCUCUGUAAAGCCCUUUAAGCCCUCCUCUCCUGGCAAAAAGGCUGGUGGAAUGAAAGCAGGAACAUUUGAACCUUACCCAUCACACUCAGCUGACCCUUAUGUGGUGAAAGUGGAAAAGGUGAUGCCUGCGAAAGGUGAAAAGGUUUUCCACCCACCAAACGGACCAAAAAGCAGACCCAUUGAAAGUAUAAUGGCGCUGAAUGUCAGAAGGGCACUAAAUGUGAAGAACUACAAGAAUGCCUCCUCUUCCACACUGGAAAAGCAGCUAGUUUUCUAGAUCCUCUUGGAAGCUCAGAGAAUUCACAAUGUUCUGGAACAAGCAGCUCUGCAGCAGUUAAAGGAAAUUUAAACAUGAGGCUCAACUCUAAUGUCCUUCCUGAUUUUAAUGCUUUUUAAUAAAUAAUGUUGGCUAAUGACUUAA